UCCUCUUUUUUUUUUUCCCCUCUCUCUUCUCCCUAGGACAUCUUCGACGAUUGUAAACCUGGCGUUCCGGAAUGCAUUCAGAACUAUUAGUUCGACUGUCCAUUUAGACAAGGAACAGAAAAAUACAUCAGCUUGUUGUAUCUUUGUGCGGCAAGCCCUAGUCUGAUCUCAUUCCCGUCUGGAGGAGGUGCGGGGCCUCUUAAAACUUUGACUCUAUCUACGCGUCUACCCGCAUCGGUAUCGCAUUACAAUCUUCAACCUACAAUAUUGAACAUCGACACACAUUUCAGGCUCAAUUCCGACAUUGACUGACGUCGGUCUGUACCGCUGGCACAGGUCAGCCCCACCAUUGUCACAAUUACACUCUCGUCUUAUACCUCGCCACAUAUUGUCUGUUAGGCGCACGCUUGAUUGCAGCGUCUCGUCUCACUGCACACCCCCAUCCGUCCGCCUGGUGUCACGCACCAUGUCUUCCAGGCCGCCGGACUCGUACCCGAGGCGGCCUUCCACUCUAAGCGACCGCCGACCAUCGGCAGACCCCCAUCCGCGUCGCGAUAGCCAGCCUCGUAAUGUUUACAGAGAUGAACGGAGGCCCAGUUCCAGUCAUGCAAGUUCUCUACCCAACAGGCCACCAAACAGUUGGAGUGAUAGUCAACACCGGGAUCGGGACCGGGAUAGGGAUAGGGAUCGAGAUCGGGAUCGCGACCGGGACCGCGGCUUGUCUGAUGCACCUGCAAGAGGCCUGACAGUCAACACACAAACCGCAUCAGCCGGCGACCGUGCUCGACCUGACCAUGGAUUGAACACGCCGGCCACUGCCUCAUCUCCUACGAGCAAUUCCAGGAGUACAUCAGACGCAGAGAUGGGAAAAUGUCUGAGGGCACUGUGCGACUCUCUUAUCAGUUAUACUACGCACAAAUAUAACCUCACUCAGGCUGAAGAUGCACUCGAAAAGCGGCAAGCCGAGUACACAAAAUGCACGGCUAAGCUGGCAGACUUCCCUUCAGUACCGGAACUUCAAAAGAAGUAUCUGGAUCGCGACACCAAGCGACGUGCGGAGUAUUCCAAUAUGGUGCGUGUUGCUGAAGAUGGUAUCAAAAGGGCAAGAGAGGGUUUCCUCUCCUGCUUACUGCAGCUGAUGAAGUCUGGUCAGCUGCCAGCUGCGUUAUUGCCUCCAGCUUCUGCUAGCUCGAAGGAGUACGACGACAAGAUCGCUGAACUGGAGCAAGCUUUAUCAGAUCAUAAGUCCUUCACACAAACCAGGAUUGACGCGCUGCAAGUUGUUUACGACGGUCUCGAAUCUAAACGACUUCUGGACCAACAAAACAUGGAAUCCCGAUUCAAGGACCUCGAGGACAAAUUUGGCAAACAGCAACGAGAGUAUCAAAACAAACUCGCGAAGCAGCAAGAAGACUUUUCAAAGCAACUCCAAACAGAGCUGGCUAAGCAGCGACAAGAUUUUGAACAGAAAUUUGCAAAGCAGAGUAAAGACCUUCCGAAACAGAGCACCAAACUGGAAGAACGGAUCAACAAGAUGCAGUCAGACUUAAGAAACUUUAAGGAAACCCAAGAGCAAGAACUCAAGACACAGCUAGCCAAGCAACAAAAGAAGUACGAGAAACAACUCGAGCAGCAGCUUGAGCAACAACGCGCCACGGCACAAGAUAAUUCCAAGCAAAGCUCUGCUAGCGAGGUAGCGUCUCUACGACAGGAGCUCGCCGACCUGCGCUACCAGCUGGGAACCAGAGAACAAGAACUUAACCAGGUCCGAGCUCAAGUUGCCGAGUUUGAGCAAAAGAUGGCAAAACAGGAGGAGAAGCUAGAGAACGUCGAUUUUGUAGCGCUGGAUGAAGCAGCCGAGAUUGUGUCAUUCCAAUUCCCGGCGCUCAAAGACCGCGUUACAGAUCUGGAGACCAAGGCCCCUCUGGAUAUCUUGGGGCUUACCAAACAAGUUACAGACCUGGGGAUGAAAGAGACGAAUGUUUCGGGACUUGUCAAACAGGUUACGGAUCUGGAGACGAAAGUAACUCAGGUUUCGGCAGCCCAGAGGGACUCUGACAGGAAACUGGAGGAUUUCCAGAACAAGUUCGCGGUUACCUUUGGGCAACUCGUUGAUGCUGAGCGUACCCGAAUCAACAAGCUCAUAAAUGAAGUAAACAACCUUAAGCUGAGGCCGACUUCUGGAACGACAACUCCUCAGUCUGGAGUCAGCAUGGCGAAUCUCGAACCUUUGCGUGCCGAGUUCAAGCAAGCCAAAGCAGAGCAGCAAGCAACGCUUGAGGAAUUGCAGCAAGCCAAAGCAGAGCAGCAAGUAAGGAUUGAGGAAUUGCAGCAGAAGACUUCAGCGCUGGACUUUGCAAUCAGCAAUCUCAACCAGCGCUUCAACAACAUCACUUCUAAGCAUGUAGCCGACAUCUUGAUCCAGCAGCUGCUUCCGGAGACGGAAAAGUGGAAGUUGGAUCUCGAAGACUCGAGCCAACGGGUUGAGUCCCUUGGUAAGGAAGUUGAUUUGCUCAAGGCUAGCGUCGGCAUCCUGGAGGUCAAGACUGCAGGGCUCACUGUUGAGCUUGAACCUCAGGCAGGAAUGAAAAGGCGCCGAACUGAUCAUGAUGGUACACAUAUUGAACGUACCACUUCUAGUACCGGACAGGCAAUCAAUGCCCAAUCCUAGCCCUACUGGCGUUGUUGUUCUCGUUGGUAGGAAGCUUGUACAAACACUAAAAAACCGAGUAUAACUAGAGUCUGAAGUAGACUCGUAUAAGUCAAGACUCCCGGCGUCAAAAGGCGUUAAUAUACCCCUUGAAGUUAGGUGGAAGAUUACUUUGCAAAUUGGCAGACCUGAUAGAGCUGCCUCAAGCUAAGUGGAUUUCACGUUAACAACUGGGAUAGGGGGGGGGGAAGACGGAAAAAGCAUGCCGACACACUUAAAGUGUAAUGAUACCCCAAGUAUACGCAACUUUGUAAGCUGGCGAGGAUACUAAGAGGAAGUGUUGAGAAACACUGGAAUGCAAAUUACGUAAGCAAGGAUUAUCGAGGUUGACCAACACUGGUGGUCAUAGGAGGUGGUAGAUGUUGGGCAUUGAUGCAGAGAAAGAAACAUGUUGAGAUGUUGCAAAGAGGUGAGGAACAUUAAUACGUUACUGCUGGAGAAAUUCAUGGAUUACAGUACAUGUUGGUACUGUGGCAAUCUAUUCAAGCAUUUUAUCAAGAAA